GAGCUCUCUUACUCUUACUUUCUUUUAUGCCUCCAAGUUUCUCCAUGAACCGUUUUCCUUAUUGUUCACCUCAGUCAACAGCAACUUCCCCCCUUGCUCGUGUGGCUUGCCCACUCGUCCCCCUUUCGCAUUCCACCUCCCCCCUCCUUCGCUUGCUGUCGUACCCAGGCACGCCAGGAAAUCCUUUGAGCUCGACUGCCGUCAAGAAAUGUGGCGUAUAGUUCUUCAAGGAAGCAGUCCGAGCGCCCCGCUAUUACGCGUAGGAUCGACAACAGACUGGUUCCUUAUUCUUCCCGUGUGCCUGGGUCGUCUUUAGGGGUUUCGCAAGUGAGCUCGCGUAGGUGGCCAAGCAUCAAACUGGC